AUGCGCCUGAACGGCCACGCGGUCGACGCGCAGAAUCUCUAUGAUCUCGUCAACCACAUCGUCUUGCCUCCACGACUACCACAGAGCGCUGACAUUAAGCCCGAAAUCAUCGAACAAAAUCUCCUACAUCUUGUUCGAGAUGUUCUUCCGGCUAUGGAGAGUGGCACAUGUCCAGCCUGGACAGACAUCGCCAGGAUGCUUUCCAAGCUCGACCUCGUCAAGAAUGCGAACGGCCUUGAUUCUAAUACUCUUAGAGCUGAUCUUGCUACGCUCGCACCUGAUGGCUGCCUCACACUAUUCCUCAAGGCCCAGAAUGCGGGUCUCUUAAUUCGUCACAGCCAAGAGAAGCGCAUAAUUUUCGAAACUUUCGAACUGUCCGCUACCUCUGAGGGUGUUAUGUCAACCACCGGCAGACUUUCAAGAACCUUUCCCGGCAACGCCGUUAGUGUUCCGGGCCAGACCUUCUUCGACGCUUCGUUCCGGAAUGAGCUUUCAGACCUACUCUCUCGGCUGAGUAGUGAGUCUGUGCAUCUUUACGAACCUACGAGCAGCAAAGCCGGUCAGCAAAACAGGGAAGAGCGCGAUACCACAGAUCCCGGCUUGGUCUCGGACUGUCUCAUGACUAUGCUGUGUGCGGUUGGCAAGAGAGAAGAUCUUUCACUGGUUCAAAAAUUUGUCCGUGAUGAUGUCCUUUGGCAAGACGCGUUGCACCCAUGGCGAAGAUCUCCCUUCUGGACGUUACUCAGAAUCUCAAUCCUUCGAACAUUGCUAGCCUCCCGCGGACUCGCCAAUGCUCAAAAACAGUACAAGAUAUUUAUGAUCAACAUCGUAGCACGUCUGCUCGACCUCUUGGCUCAUGCCUCUAUCAGACCCGACAUCCUCUCAUCUGUACAUGUUAAGCUUGCUCGCCGUGUGCACAAGUUUGAGCAGCAGUUUGGAGCUUUUCAUGACAACCGCAUUCUGAACAUCUCCAAGAAUGCCUGUGAGACAAUGAAGGGCACUUGGACAUCGAUAUCUGCGAAUCCCGAACGCGUUUCUGUGAUACCGCGUGCUGGAUGGGAAGACGCGUCCAACCUUCAUCUACCGGCGGCGAGAAAGAUUCUCGAGGAAGCCGCGAAGCCUCAGGAGGUAUCUGCCAGCCCUCGAAUCUUCGUGCCGCCUCCACAAUCACGUUUAUCCAUGGACAGACUGCCGACACUGGAGCGCUCCUCUUCUGGUCCAGACCAAGCCCUUAGGCUGGCAGAAAUUGAACUCUGGGUUGAAAAGCACCUCGAGAGCUGGACUGACGCAGUCUUGCGUGAUGUGACUCGCAAACCUUUCGACGAACUCGCUUUGCUCAUCGAAAAGUAUUGGUCGCUCGCCAAAUCUCAAUAUGAUCAAAGCCCGCUCGACAAAUCGAACGCAUUGCUGACUGUACUCGAACUAUGGGUGGCUCUGGACAAACUCUGUAUCAUGCGGCUCCCUCUACUGAGGAGACAUGCGCCCGAGAUAUCUACUACACUUCUUCGGCCUUUGCUCUUGCCCAAGUUCGAACAGAUGCGUCGACUGUCUCAGGUUGAGAAGCACAUCAACGAGCGGCUCUCUGGUCUUGCUAAAGGCACCGCUAGUGUCUUUGAGCAACCAAGCGCAAACAGUCUCCCAAUCUGGUACUAUAACAUCACACCUGAACUCCAGCAGUUGCGCCACGAGAUCCAGCAGUCCGAUCAACAGAAGAGACAAAGAAAGCUGGAAGAACUUGAGACGUCAACGCAAAAGUACAACAGUCUUGUCGCGCAGGCCGCAAAGCUCGAACAUCUAUAUCGUACCAGUCGAAGGAAUAACCUGUACCACGACAAGGCAAACUGUCCACGAUGUCCGAUCGAGCGACAAUAUGCUGCUAUGGAUAUCAGUGUCGAUGAGAAGUCACUUCCCGAGAAUGCUAUUCAAGCAAAGGCUGCUGUUUUCGAGCUCGCCAUACCAGUCGAGUUCGCUGCGUGGCGAGAUGUCACUUGGUAUAUCAUCCAUGAUAUCGGGCAGCGAACAUCGUCUCGAGGUGCGGAAGUGUUCGAAGUGGCUGCAGACUACGGCCAGCUUCGCCCAUUCGCUAAGGCUAGAACUCGACAGCCACAUUUAACGCUAGCCUCAAGAACGAAAACCUUCAUCCGGUCUCACUAUUCCGUGAAGAAGUUGCCCACAACCCGAGACGCGGUCUGCGUCAACAACGCCCUGCAGUACGAUAUGCUCAACAGAAAUGCCCAUACUUGGUUAGCUCGUCCUCAAGGUGAAUCUAGCUUCAAGGCUUACUGCACUCUUUCCCUCCCACCUGGCCCAUACGCCAACUUGGACUGGGCAGUACGUGAAACAAAUCAUACUACAAACGAAGUUAUGGCUUCGCAAAGUGAUUGCGCUGACAGUCUGGAGAUUCGAGAAUACGUCGUCUUUUGCAGUCUCCGCUCUGGCGAGAGGCUUCAGUGGCUCAACAUCCUUCGUGAGUACGGAUGUAGUAACCUGACUUUCAACAACCCCGCGGUUACAACUCUGAUUCUCCAAGCCAUUUGGGAAGCGGGCAGCCCCUCCCACGACGAGUUUCGAGUGGCACACGACGAACUACGCAAUAAGGAAUUUUGCACCAAGCUUCUGGAGAUGCUUCACGAAAAGCUGAGCUCCAUUAAGAGCAACUGGCAAGAACAACACAGCAUGAUGUCACUCAUACAGAUCACUCUUCGAGUGCUUUCUCUGACCACAGAUGCGGGAACCGAAACGGCCUGUCACAGCCUACUACGAACAGCAAGAAAAGUGUGUCUCGAAUGGUGCCGACAAAUUCAAGUGCACAUGAACAACAACUCGACUCAAGAGGUCGUACAAGGAAAGGCGAUUGUCCAUCUGUUGAGUGCAGCAUUGUCUGGCUACAGCACUUUUGAUGUCGAUGAGCGGCAUCUCGCUCGUACGCUGGCUUCCAGCGAAGAUAUUGCUACAUUGGCAGAGGCCCAAAUCAUUGUGUGCGACAACACAGCCGUCGGUCGCACCGCUAUCUCUUCGUUGCUCAAACAAAGUUUGAUCCAUCAUGCGACUAUCGCUCACAAGAUUGAGCCUUAUGUCUGCGACAUAUUACGCACUGAUGGAGCAGGACUCAAUCAAGCUGUUCAGCGGAUCUGGAACGGCGCCGCACUGCAGCCGAGUUGGGAUUUCGCAUCUGCUUCAUCUCGGUCGUGGCUCGUCAACAAGACUCUCCCGAAAGACGGUAGACGCCAGACCGUCCAUUUCAAUCUACUUGGCGGUGAUCUGCUUGUCGACGGAAAGCCUGUUGGUAAGAUUCCCAGCAGCAUCAGAUCUCAGCCGCUGUUCCAGCAGAUAUUCGGACCUGCCAUCCUCAAUGUUUUUGCAUCAAACAUGCCUGGAAUGGACUACACGGUAUCUCAACACAUCCAAGAGCACGAAGUUCACAUCGGUGUCAAGGAUGGGAAAGUCUUGAUCCGAGCCUGCCAUGGAAAGAACAUGUUGCAAGCACUGUCGCAAGACACGUUCGCCAAUCAACUGCCAUCAUACUUUGCUCAGUCUUUCACACACUGGCUCGACGAGUGUACUGGUGAUGUUGACUUUCGUCCUCUCGAACAUCCGUGGCAAGUCUCGCAAGAGCACUGGAAGCUGACGUUUUGUGACUCGGACUUCCUACAAACAAGAUGCCAGAUGCGGCGUGGGCAGGAAAGACUUCUUGAGAACCAGAGUGUCGUAGGAAAGUCUGUCACGAAGAUUCUCGGCGCACUGGACAGCGCUUCUCAAUGUCAGAUCGUCCUUGACGACUCGCAACCUUCCGAGCUCAAGGUGUAUCUGCGAAGAUAUAACCUGCAUUUCCAUGUCACCAAAGAAGGAGCUCUUCUGUCUCUAGAAUACAGCUCUGUGGUUGAUCCUGACCAGAGCAUUGCCAGUAUGUUGGGACUUCGCAGCAAACUUGUACUUCGAGACAUUUCUGCAGUUGAAGACUUACAAGAACGGCGAGUCAUCGUUCCCUGGGGCCAAGUCUUGAUUUCGAAGAGAGACAAUCAUGUUUCCGUCGAAGUGCCGUACGGGACUACAGGCAAGCAGAAAUAUUUUGUUUACAGCGUAGAUCGCCAUUUGCGCAAGCUGAGAGGGCAACAAGAUGUUUUGAGCACACUUUACAAGGCAUACCUUCAUGCUGUCACAUCUUUUGUGCUUCCUGACCCAUUCACUGGCCGUACGGGUACAGAGGAGUCUCUCUCCACGCUCAAGGAAGCAUCUCUUUUCUCGUGUGUGCCUUUGGACGACAAGGAGAAAGACACUCUCAAUCUGAUAGCGUCGUUGACACCAUCUCGUGUCUACUAUCCCAAACAUAAGAAGGUCAUGCAAACAGUUCAUUGGAACUCCAAUCUCUCUCCACAGUCUCAGCAUGACGAUUUUCUGCUGGCGGCCGCAUCCAUCUUUGACCAUCACAGUAGCACUGAAGUUCUAUUCGACUUGAGUGAUCGAUCCAAGGUCGAGUUGUGCAACCGAGGUGACCCAUUGCUUCUGAGAAGAGCCAGGAGAGGUAACGCUUCCGUCAUGAAGUCGGGGCUAUUCUCAGACCUGACACCAUCGCAACACGAGGAUGAGACUUAUCCUGGUCGUGACAAGCUUGGUCGGGGCCACCGGGCCACUAGAGUUUUCGAGAUUGCAUCGCUUAUCAAGGAAUGGCCUCCUCGCGUUGCUACACACACAGCUCUUGUUCAGGUCAUCAAGACUUGGGGGAAUGUCUCUGGCUAUAGUUCUGGGGUUUUUGGUCAGUCGUCUCUGCAAGAAUUGAGCUCGCUCGAGUUAAGCGAGCAUUUUGGUUCGUUGUACGAGCUUUGUCGUCAUGCGUCACAAGCAUCAUCGACCUUUCCUCUCAUGUUCAAAUUCUGCGCCAUCGCAAUUGGAGCAGAUGAAGAGAAGCUCAUGCAUCUCAGAACAUUGCUCGCCUUCGCUUUCUCCGAUUCUUUCCUCAACAUCGAUCCGCCGCCUUCGGUGGUUCGAUACACGUUGGGCGAGGGAUCAUCUCCAUCCGAACAGGUCAUUGCGCAAGCCAUCAAUCAGCACGUGAUUCGCUACGAGAUGUUCAGUGACGAUCCCAGCGUCACAGAAAUCGAAGAAUUCGAGAGAAAGGAGAGUGAACAGAAUGCGCAUAAAGGACGUCUUUGCACAAAGAUUGUGUCCAUCUGGCCAGGAACAUCUGUCUCCGUGGCGCAGGCAGAUUAUCGCCACUUGAAGACCCCUGGAAUUGUGAAGGAGUGUCAGAGACUCUUCGACGAAUGGCACAAGAACCGUCUCUUUUUGGAUCAUAUCAAGAGAGUGGCGACAAGUCUCGCUUCGAUGCAGGCGUUCCAUGGCCGUUACGAAAUUCCUUCUCCAAACAUGCCAACUCUGGUGCAACAGCACGCAACUCAUCCACGAUUUACAUUGAUCCACCUCCUCAAAGCACGCUCUAGCAUUGCUUUUAUUAGGCCAUCCUCCCAACUUUCUGUGCGUCCCGGACAGUCUUUGGAAGAUGCUUCUCAGAUCAAGGGUAUGAUUGCUACGUUGGACUCAAGCUCAAGCUCAACGCAUGUAGUAUACUGUGAGACUCUUCGCGCGAGCAUCGAAGCGCUCGAGGGGAAAUACAACGAUCUCGAAGAUCAACAGGUACCAAUCUCCGGUGACACUAUCGAGCGGCACAGAGCAGCUACAGCCGCUGAAGUCGAAACUACGCUCCAUGAGAUCCGUACAACUUUAUCGCCUGUGGUUAUCUCUGCGUCUCUUGCCGAUAACGCGGACUUGUGGCCACGUCUUUCCGAACCAUGUCUGCUUGCACAGCUUUCUCGUAACAACAUCACUCAACUACCGGAAGAUUGGAAGAUGUCGUUGCUCAACUUUGGAGAGAAGAUGGCAUCUCUACAGAGGGCCGAACGUAUCACAAACUUGCAUCAUACUUCAAACAAGAGAACCUUGUGGAAGGAGCUCAAGCAUCCGGGAAGAGAGGGAUGGGAUGUUGAUGAGUAUCCCAGCUGGCUUCUUCUAGAAAUCGAAAACAACAUCACAAUUCGGCCACUCCAGGCGAAGGUUGCCAAGGAGAUGAUCAAUCCCAGCUCUGGGAAGAACUCCGUGCUGCAGCUCAACAUGGGCGAAGGCAAGUCUUCAGUCAUCGUACCCAUGCUAGCGACUGCUUUGGCAGAUGGCACAAGGUUAGCAAGAGUGAUCGUGUUGAAACCGCUUCUACGUCAGACAGAACAGGUUCUCACCCAGCGCUUGGGCGGUCUACUGGAUCAGCGUGUUGGCCACAUUCCAUUUUCUCGCAAGACUAGGGUGAACGUCUCAACGAUCGCUGUCAUUCAGGAUACACUCCAACGUUACGCGCAGAGUCACGGAGUUAUGGUCAUUAUCCCCGAAGAGAUACUUUCGAUGAAACUCAUGACGCGCGAAAGAAUGACCUCGGGUCCUACCCUCGGCACCGCCAUCUUGACAAUGCAGCGCUGGCUCAAGGACAAGGCUCGUGACAUACUCGAUGAGAGUGAUGAGAUUUUGAGUGUUCGAUCUCAGUUGAUCUAUCCUGUUGGUAGUCAGCACAUGCUUGACGGCAAGAAUGAACGUUGGCAGAUCGCGCAAGCCGUACUUCAGAGAGUCAACUUCCAUGUAAAACGACUUGCUGCCUCUUAUCCAUCCGAUCUAGAGCUUGAGUUCAACGGCAAGUCGUUUCCUUUGCUCAAGUUUCUUCGUCCAGGCGUUGGCGAGAUACUUAUCGAAUUUCUGGUCGAAGAUGCUAUCAAUGGUCGCAUUGCCGGUCUGUCAUUUGAUUUUUACUCUGAAGAAACAAGAGAUGCAGUCAGAAGCUACAUCAGCUCGCGUGAAGUCUCUAAGCAGCAUCUUGAAGUCCUCACCGCCUUACUACAGAAAGGGCCAGACUGGGAUGGCCUGCUUAUAUUGCGCGGUCUGUUCGCUCAUGACGUCUUGUCUUUCUCGCUACAACGCAAACGAUGGCUAGUUGAGUAUGGCCUCGAUCCUCGACGCUGCCUCAUGGCAGUGCCGUAUCGAGCUAAAGGUGUUCCAAGCACGAAUUCAGAAUUUGGUCAUCCGGAUGUCGGUAUCCUGUUGACGUGUCUCAGCUAUUAUUACACAGGCUUGACACUCGAACAGAUGCACACUUGUUUCACCAUCCUUUCCAAGGACUCUAACCCCCAGGAGGUGUACAAUGACUGGGUGUCUGCACGUGAUUUCCCUUCGAAUUUGAAGUCGUACGAGGCAGCCAAUCUGGACGACAAGGCGCUGUGCGAGAACAUACUUUUUCCCAAGCUCCAGUUCAGUCUGGGGAUCAUCACUUUCUACUUGAAUCAGGUUGUAUUUCCCAAGGAAGGCAAGGAGUUUGCCAAGAGAAUUUCAGCUUCUGGUUGGAAUAUUCCAUCAGAAUCGCACGAUCCCAGUCUCGUCACUACUGGGUUCAGCGGGACGAACGACAGCCGAUCAACUCUUCCAUACUCAAUCAAGCAGGAAGAUCUUCCGGAACUGCUUCACACAAACGCCAUGGUACUCAACCUGCUUCUUCGAGCAGAGAAUCGAAACUACCUGCAGAGCGUUGAUGUGCAUGGCAAGAAGUUGAAUAUCGAGGGCUUUCUUGCAUUGAUUACUAACCAAAGUCCCCGAGUCAAUGUUCUUAUCGACGUAGGGGCUCAAGUUCUCGAAGCUACGAACAUGCAACUCGUUCAACAGUGGCUAGCUCUCGAGACGAACGCACACGCAGCAGUCUUCUUCGAUGAACAAGAUGAAGCGAUGGUUCUGGACCGAAGCGGUGCUGUUAUCCCGCUGCGUAUCUCGCCGUUCUCCGGCAAGCUAGAUGCUUGCCUGAUAUACCUGGAUGAAGUACACACCAGAGGCAUCGAUCUUGCCAUACCCGUCGGAGCACGGGCUGUAGUUACCUUAGGGCCCCGCCUGGUGAAGGAUCGGUUGAUGCAGGCUUGUAUGCGAUUGCGCAGUCUAGGAAGUGGCCAUUCUCUAUGUUUUGUCGCUCCGCCUGAAGUACACCGAAGCAUCUGCGACGCAGCAAGCGGAAACGAAGAAUCACGUCUUAGCUCAUUUAACGUCCUCGCCUGGUGUAUGGAACAAACCUGCCAAGCUCUGGAUAUUGCGAGACCUUUGCGAGCUAUGCAUGGUCUGGAGAUGUUGCGCCAACGAAAAGUCCUUGAGCAGUGCCUACCUGAGAACAUGGUAUCAAAGACAAUUGCGAGUGAUUCUCCUGCCAUGGAAAUCUUCUGGCAACGCAUCCAAGAAGACGAUGCACAGAACUUGGAAAAUCUUUACGGCAUCAACGAUCAUCGAAUUGGUAUCUUCCAGAGCUUGCUUGAUCGUAAUUCGAAGGACGCUGCGAUGAAGCACCUUGUCACCGAAUUUCAGACCAUGAGCAAGACUCGUUUGCAAGACUCCAGCAUGGACAAUGAACAGGAACGCGAGCUUGAACAUGAGAUCGAAAAGGAGCGCCAGAUCCAGCGACCGCCAAAGUUGGAGCCAGUGAUUCCCGCAGUCAGCAAGGGUCUUGAACAGUACAUCGCGACCGGUACCAGCUUUUCUCUGAGCCAAUGCGAGGCAGUCAACGCUUUUGAAUGUUUCAAUAUGACUACUGCGAAGAAGGCUGCUGUGCAACAAAACAUCAAGCCCAGCGCUUUCUCAGUUAUGACAACACGAGACUUCGUUCAUUCUGUGCAAUUCGCGAAAGGCACUCUUUCCGACAACUACCUUCGCCCUACGACUUGGGUGCUGAGUUGUAAUGAGCCAGACCAGACACAAUCUUUGCUCAUCAUUAGCGGACAUGAGGCCGAUGUGCUCCUCCCGAAGAUCAAAGCCUCGGACAAAGUUCGCCUUCAUAUCUUCGCUGCACGUUUAAACAAGAAGAUGGCACGUUUCAACCGCAUGGACUUCUACACUCCUAACGCCAAGCCCAACGACAUCGCCCUUUCGCCUCAAGCCAUUCGUGAUCUUGAGUUGUUCUCAGGAUCUUUGUACGUCGACAACAUGGCCAAGUACGAGCAGCUGUGUCACUUCCUGGGUAUCGUGACCUCUUCAACUCGUCCACGCGACAAGCCAGUCCACACUGACGGGUUUGUUGCCCCAGAGAUCAGAGAAGAGAUUGGAUGGCCGGAGUCUUGUUCUUUCGAACUCAGUCCUCUUCCAUUCCUAAAGCAUGUCUUGUCGCUUCGCAUGCACGGUCAGGCAUUCGACCACAGUCAUCUGGGUGCCUUGCUGAACGGUAGGGCUUUACAAAAUGCUGCUUUCGAAGGUUGCCAAGAGAUCGAGGAGAUCUUUGAAGAGAUGGAUAUUGACGGUUAG